AUGGAGCGUGGAAAAAGCUUAAAUGAUAGUGGAACGCCUAGAAAACAUCAACAGACAGGGAAGAAACCAUUUAAAUGUGUGGAGUGUGGGAAAAGCUUCACUGGUAGCGGAACACUUAGAAGACAUCAACGAACUCACACAGGAGAGAAACCAUUUAAAUGUAUGGAGUGUGGUAAGAACUUCACACAGAGGUCACACCUUCAUGCACAUCAACAAACUCACACAGGGGAGAAAGCAUUUGAGUGUAUGGAGUGCGAAAAGAGCUUCAGACAGAGGCCACACCUUCAGGUGCAUCAGCGAACUCACACAGGGGAGAAAGCCUUUCAAUGCAUGGAGUGUGGAAAGAGCUUCAGUGACAGUGGAACGCUUAGAGUUCAUCAACGGAUUCACACAGGAGAGAAACCAUAUAAAUGUAUGGAGUGUGGAAAGAGCUUCAGUGAUUAUAGAACACUUAAAAAACAUCAACAGAUUCAUACAGGGGAGAAACCAUUUGAAUGUAUGGAAUGUGGAAAGAGCUUCAGAGAGAGGUCGCACCUUCAUGCUCACCAACGAAUUCACACAGGGGAGAAACCAUAUAAAUGUAUGGAGUGUGGAAAGAGCUUCAGUGAUGGUGGAACUCUUAGAGUUCAUCAACGGAUUCACACAGGGGAGAAACCAUAUAAAUGUACGGAGUGUGGAAAGAGCUUCGCUGAUAAUAGAACACUUAGAAAACAUCAACGGAUUCACACAGGGGAGAAACCAUUUGAAUGUAUGGAGUGUGGAAAGAGCUUCAGUCAGAGUUCAAGCUAUAGAAACCAUCAAAGGACCCACACAGGGGAGAAACCAUUUAAAUGCAUGCAGUGUGGAAUGAACUUCACUAAUAGUUCACACCUUCGGUCACAUGAACGAACUCACACAGGGGAGAAACCAUUUAAAUGCAUGGAGUGUGGAAAGAACUUCAGGGACAUUUCACAGCUUCGUUCACAUGAACGAACUCACGUAGAUGAGAAACCAUUUAAAUGCAUGGAUUGUGGAAAGAACUUCAGGGACAUUUCUGUUGGUUUCUAUUUCCUUCACUGA